AAACACAAUGCGCCUGUGCUCAAGCUCGCUCGUGAUCAGUCUGCCUCUUUCACGCUUCAAGCAAAAAUUCCCCUUCUGCUUUCCUCCGUACUGUUUUCAUAUACUGCUCUCCUAACCCACGUAGUGACGGAACGGCCUCACCUUAGGAUAUACUUCUAGGCACCUUGGUCUGCGCAUCAGCUGGAACCUUGUAAAUUGCGCGUUGUUUUGUGUAGGUUGUAAAGCUUGCUGCUGGUGAAUGAAAUUUGUUCAAUUUAAAUAGAAAUAAGUCCCAAUGUUAUAUUGAUGGAUUUCGUAUAAUCGGUCAUAAUUUUUUCAUUCAUGUUACGCUCGGUGAAGAUCGUGGAUCACAAGGGUGACUGAAAUUGUUUGGGUUCGGGGCCUUUAAAUUUAACUCCAAAUGCAUUUAAAUAUCUGUGGAUUAUCUAAGACGCGUAGUCUGCGCUUAAUUUGAUUGAAAAUUACAGUACAAACAUAGAUUACAGUGGAUUGAAACAAGUGUAGUGUAUUUUGUUAGUUGUUUCUGCAAAAAUGUUCGAAAAUAUCUUCAAUUUAUUUUUGAUGGUCUUCCUGAUACUCGGUGGAGUGUGGAUUGCGGCUCGUUUCGUCCUGAAAGAAGAUGUAGUGUACAUACCAGAUGGCAAACGCAGACACGCAUGGAAACCGAUGAAACUGCUCGGUCGGUCCUGUUUCUGCUCGAUAUGUGAAAAUUUAAUGUCAUCGAAUGGUGUAUUCUGCGAAAAUUGUGGUGUGUGCUCCGAUAAUGGCUGUGUCCGUAAGGCUGACGUCGAAUUCCGUUGUAAGGAGUUACGAACCCGAACACGCGCAGACGACGGGAAGGAAAGCCGUCAUCUGUGGAUCAGAGGAAACUUACCGCUUGGGUUGGAGUGCUGCGUUUGUUCCGAAGAUGUAGACCAAACCAGCGAACCGGGACUCUAUGGACAUCGCUGCGCGUGGUGCCAAAGAGCGACCCAUGACAAAUGCUUCAGCGAGAUUUCGAAUACCUUGUGUGAUUUCGGAGAGUUCAGGAGUAUGAUAUUUCCACCAAAAUGUAUUCUGGCUUCACGCACCAAAGGCAGUCUCAAGAUGCACUUGACAGGGAUUAUUCCUCCUGAAUGGAAGGAUGAGUGGAAGCCUUUGAUUGUAGUUGCGAAUUCGAAGUCCGGUAGCAGCGGUGCACUGGAAAUUGUAUCGUUAAUGCGUGGAAUUCUGCACCCACUGCAGGUGUUUGAGUUAGAAUCUCAUGGUCCAUCAGAAGCACUACAGUGGGCCAUCCAUGCAGCACCCGCUACAUGCCGAAUUUUGGUCGCUGGAGGUGACGGAACCGUCGGUUGGGUACUGAACACAAUUUUAGAAAUGCAGGUUGAACCACAACCGGAAGUAGCUAUUCUUCCUCUCGGCACGGGGAAUGAUUUAUCGAGAGUAAUUGGCUGGGGCGCGGAGGGUCCGGAUGUAUUUAAUCCAACUGAAUAUCUGCGUAACAUCCAGAAAGCUAAACCGGUUAAGAUGGACCGUUGGUUGAUGGAGAUUGCGCUACAUCAUCAGAGUCGAUUCCACGUUCCUCGUUUUCAUCACCGACGGAGCAUGUUCAUGUACAAUUAUUUUAGUGUUGGAGUUGAUGCUUUGGUUACACUGAACUUCCACAAAGCACGCGAAAGCUCUCUCUAUCUUUUUAGCAGUCGAUUCUUAAACAAGGCUCUGUAUCUUUGUUUCGGAACCCACCAAGUGGUACAACAAGAUUGUCUUGAUUUGGAGAAAAAAAUCGAGUUAUACCUAGACGACGAAAAGAUUGACUUACCAGAAUUACAGUCCAUAGUAGUUCUCAACAUCGACUCGUGGGGAGCCGGAGUCAAACUUUGGGAGAUGAGCAAAGAUUCCCCUAGUCAUGGUGGAGUUAUGCGUGAGACACACAGCAUCUCGGAUGGUAUCCUAGAGGUGUUCGGAGUGGUUUCAUCGUUUCACAUUGCUCAGCUGCAGGUUGGAAUGAGCAAACCAGUACGGCUCGGGCAAGCCCGCAGCGUUCGGAUGACGGUACGCAGCACUGUGCCAGUGCAAGCCGAUGGAGAGCCUUGGAUGCAAUCACCUUGUGAUAUUACUGUUAAGCAUUGUGGUCAGGUGACAAUGUUGAAAAAUCAAAGCGAUUGAUCACCGAAUGUACAAGCGAUCUGCCAAUUCUGCUGCUCCAAAGAUUAAUAUCGGUACUGCAAUUAUAAUGGACAUCACCUAGAACAACUAAUCUCACCGAAGCAAAAUUUAAGAUUAUUAUCGUAACGACGAGUUCAUCGUUUAGAUAUGUAAAAAAUAAUCCGUUGAUAUUAACUAUUACAACAGCUUGUACUGUUGGCCAUUCUCGAAAGUACUUAGAAUUUGUGUGUCACAAAUAUAUAACAAAAUUAUAUAUGUUUUGAGUGCGAUCGCACUGUGAGCAUCGCAUAGCAUAACGAUUAUUUCUAUUAACAAAGUAAUUCCAUGCUUGCAUUUACAGUAAUCGAUUUGUGAAUUGAUAGUUGGGUAUAUUAUGAUAUUAUGUUAUACAGAUUCCAUGCACUCAGAUUCACCCAAUGCAUUUUCUUUUUGUUUUACUAAGUGAUUCAAUCUAUGCGCUGGGAUAAUUAUUAUUUAGAUUUAUGUUUUCUUUAAAAAAAUAUCCUAGAUGAUUUAUUUUUAGGGGUAUUUUCUCUAUUAUAGGCAUGAAAAUAUGGAUGUUAUUUUCAAAAUAUUUGAUAUUGAAGUGUAUUUACAGUGUCAAAUGUACUUUCCACCUUAAUUGUAUACAAAAUAAAACCGCAUUUGAUGUUAUUUUCUCUGAACAUUUUG